UCUCUCUCUCUCCUCUCUCAAAGUUCUUGUUUCUUAAUUGAGCCAAAGGAAUCAAGAAAUCCCCUCGUGCAUCAAAACACUAAUCCAUUUGAUCGUUUCUGGUUUUCACCCACAUUGGAUAUCGUUACUAGAUGGGAUUGGCGGCGAGCCCCCGCCUAAUUUUCCUCCCCCUCCUCUGUUUUGCGGCGGCGGUGGCGCCGUCUUCCUCCGCCCAGAAACUGAAGACAUUCGAGGCCGAAUACGGACGACCCUUUGAUGAAUCCUACUACGAUAAAUUUGCAGUGGAAGGUGACGCGACCAUUAGUCUGGGUGCACUCCAAAUCACACCAGAUUCGCGCAAUGAUGAAUACACCCUCAGGAAUAAAUCGGGAAGAGUGUUUCUGGAUCAGCCGUUCAAGCUGUGGGAAGGUAGCAUCAACUCAACCUCCACUCGAAUCGCUUCAUUCAAUACCUCCUUCCUCAUCAACAUCUACCGGUUCGGAAACACCACCCCCGCCGAAGGCCUAGCCUUCUUCGUGGGGCCAGACUUCCUCCCGCUGAACAGCUCCGGGCAGUACUUGGGCCUCACUAACGCUACCACCGACAGCUCCCCAACAAACAAAAUCGUCGCUGUCGAAAUUGAUACCUUCAAGGACAAUGAUUUUGAUGCUGAUGCAAAUCACAUUGGACUCGACAUUAACAGCGUCAAGUCUAGGAAUGUCACCUCACUGGACCCGUUGGGUAUAGAUAUUGCUCCAGCUGGCGAGGCCAGGUUUCACAAUGUGUGGGUCCAGUAUGACGGUGUCAAAAAAGAGAUUGCCGUUUUCAUCACCCGACAGGCUGACAAGGACGGGGAUACCCCUCCGAGGCCAGAUGACCCGGUUUUAAAAACGAGUCUUGAUCUAAGAGGAAUAGUGGAUCAGCACUCGUACUUCGGGUUUUCGGCAUCAACCGGGACUUACGAGCAGCUCAACUGCGUUUUGAGGUGGAAUUUGACAGUGCAAUAUUUUCCGGAGGGAAAGAAACCGUGGAUAGGGAUUUUGAUUGGAGUAGGGGUGUCAGUAUUGUUGCUGGUGCUGGUGGGGGCAAUGGUGAUGGGCUAUUAUUACCGCCGAAAAAGGCGACUAGCCUGGUCGAAUUCAAACAUAUUAGGGGCACUGACGAAAUUGCCUGGGACUCCAAGGGAGUUCAAAUUCAAGGAUUUGAAGAAGGCGACUAACAACUUCGAUGGGAAGAACAAGUUGGGGCAGGGCGGUUAUGGAGUGGUGUAUAGAGGCCACCUCCAGAAUGAGAAUCUGGAGGUGGCGGUGAAGUGGUUUUCGAGGGGAAAUUUGAAGGGUCAGGAUGAUUUCUUGGCUGAGCUCACCAUCAUCAAUCGUCUCCGGCACAAACAUCUUGUCCGGCUUCUGGGAUGGUGUCACAAGAACGGCAAGCUCCUAUUGGUAUACGAAUACAUGCCUAACGGCAGCCUCGACGCUCACCUCUUCGGCGGAGCUGAUAGCAAGCCACUGGGCUGGAAUCUCCGUUACAAGAUCAUCACCGGGGUGGCUUCCGCCCUUCACUACCUCCACAACGAAUACGACCAAAGGGUGGUCCACCGUGACCUCAAGGCCAGCAACAUCAUGCUCGACUCAGACUUCAACUCCCGGCUCGGGGACUUCGGCCUCGCUCGGGCCCUCGACAAUGAGAAGACCUCAUAUGCCGGGACGGCUGAGGGUGUGCUCGGGACGAUGGGUUACAUCGCACCCGAGUGCUUCCACACAGGCAAGGCCACCCAACAGUCGGAUGUCUAUGCGUUCGGCACGGUCUUGUUGGAAGUAGUCUCUGGGCUACGACCCGGAACCAAGAUUGGUGGGUUCCAGUUGUUGGUGGAUUGGAUCUGGUCUUUGCACCGCGAUGGGCAAUUACUGGAUGCUGUGGACAAGAGACUCGGGGGAGACUACGUGAUCGAGGAAGCUCAGAGAGUGCUGCUUCUGGGCUUGGCAUGUUCCCAUCCAAUAGCGGGCCAAAGGCCUAAGACUCAGGAGAUUGUUCAGAUAAUAUCAGGUUCAGUGCCAGUUCCCAAUGUGCCGCCGUUUAGACCAGCUUUCGUUUGGCCUUCAAUGAUGCCCGUGGGAGGGGGAGAUAUCACUUCCACAACAACGGACACGAACUCCUUGCCAACGUCCCAUUUCGUUUCGGAAUGGGCUCCGCGUUCGAGCUACGAACAAUAUGGUGACGAUGACAGUAUGGUGUAGUAUCUUUUGUACACUUGCACAAAUGUUGUUUUGUGUUUAUAUCAGAUUUCCUUGUUCUUUUAUUUUAUUUUUUUCCUACCAGCUUGGUAUUUUUUGAGGGAGUAGGAUAUCUCAAGAUCUCCAUCAUUUAUUCUAUUCGGAUGUUUAUUUUCUGUACAAAUGUGUUCCAUUGACAAUCUGGUUAUUAGAAAUGUUGACAUGAAGGGGCCUAGAUUUUGCUGUAAA